AUAGCCAUUUUAAUAAUGGUGCGUGACAUUUUGUAUUAUUGUUUGAUUAAUAAUUGUUUAAUUAUAAUAUCUUCAUAAAAAUUAUGUAAGCUGAGUAAAUUUUUGUCCGUUUCAUUAAUGUAUACUAAAAUGUUCUUAUUUGAUAAAAUAUUUGUUCGCUUCUAGUUAUUAGUAAAUCUGUUAAGUUAGUGCGCACUAAAUGAGGUUAUCUUAUAUCUUCUUUAUAAUCUUAAAAAAGGAAUUAUAUGUAAUAUAAAAAUAAAUGUUGUUCAGAUAAAUUGUUUUUAUAAUGGAUAUUAUAGCAACACAAGUUUAUGAAAAUUGUGAUGCUGCAUCAUCACAACAAAUUUCUUAUUCUACACAAAAUAAUAAAAUACAGAUUGGAGAACUAAUUGUUGGCACUGAAACAUAUCCAAUUAAAAAAGGAAUUAAUCAAAUUGGCAGACAUCCAGAUUGCAAUAUUGUAUUCAAUAAUCCUACGGUAUCUAAAAGACAUGCAGAGAUUGAAGCUAAUAAUCAUGAUACAACCGUAUGGAUUUGCGAUUUGAAUUCUUCGAACAAAACAAAAUUGAAUAAUUCAAUUUUAAGGCCAAAUCGAUUCUAUGAGCUUAAAAAUGAAAACGUGUUGGAGUUUGGCAUGGUGCGAGCAGUAUUUAAAUUUUAUCAUUCAAUGGAUGAGUCUUUAAUUCCAGAAACUCCAGCAUCCCGUCAAAAAAUACAGAAAUUGAUCAUUCCAGGAACACCUGAUUCGUCAUUGAACGAUUCAUCCACAUUGGGAGAAAACAUCUCUAUGAUUCCUGCUAUUCAAACCAAGAAAGAACUCGAGAAAGAAAGCAUAUUUCGAUGUCCGAAUCCGAUGCCUAUAAGGACUUCAACUAGCAGCACUCGGAAAAACGAUUUUCAAAAUUCUUCUGUUGAUAAUUUGGAUAAUUCCCAAAGUUCUGAUAUAGAAAAGAAACGAAAUGUAGGUGUAUCAAGAAUUAAUAUUUAUGAUAUGGAAACACAAAAAUCGUUCGAAUCUCUUAAUGGAACAAAUAUUGAUGUUCACGAUAUUGAAACUCAAAAAAUUUGUUUGAAUAAUAAAGAAAUCUUUUCAAAAUCUUUAAACGAGCAAAAAGUUAAUAUACAUGAUAUAGAAACGCAACAUGAAAUAAAUACGCAAGAAAAUGUUAUUAACAUUCAUGAUAUAGAAACGCAACACGAUAUAGAUAUUCAUGAUAUGAAAACACCGAAAAAAGUUCAAUAUGUUAAAUCUCGUAAUAAUAACACAUAUAAUAAUGAAAAACUUGAAAUAGGAAUUGAAGAAGAUGAAAAUUUAAUUAUAAAAGAAAAAAAUAAUACUAUAAUACAAAAAGACGAAGCUAUUGCAAGUACAUCAUAUUUUAAUGAUAAUAAUAAAUGUGAUAAUAAAAUUGAACAUAGACGAAGUAUUAAGAAAAAUUUACAGAAGAACUCGCAAAGAUGUUCACAGUCAUCAAUUGCAACAAAUUUUGAAAAUGAACUUUCAGAACUUGAUACAAGUCGAAAUUUACUUGGUUCACAAUGUUUAUUAGAAGAUUUAAUUGACGAUGAUGAUAACGAUGAAUUACUUGAUGAGUCAAAAUCAAGAUCAUCAACCCCUUUAAAAACUUCAUGCGUAAACGAUAACGAAGAUGUAAAUAAUAAAAGCACCGACAGUGAAAAUAUAUUUGAAGCAGCAACACAGAUUAAUCAAAUUGAUAAAGAUAUAACUCAUCGCAUUAAUUACUCGUUCAGAGCUUCUUUAACGGAUCCUAAUGAUUCCGAUGAGACUGACAAUGAGGGUGUAUUUCAAAGGUAUUCUUUUGAAGAAAAUAAAAAGAAUGAAAAAUCUUCAAUGAUUCGAGUAUCUGAGAGUGACGAUUCAUUUACCGAUGAAGAAGGUCGUUUUAUAGAAAUGGCUGCAAUAGAAAAGCGAGCUGCUUCCAAUUCGUUUGAAAAGCGAAAUAGAAAUAAAGUUAAAAAUGAUUCAAGUAAAGAUUCUGAGGAUCUGUUUAACAUGCUUACUCAGCCAAUAAAUAGAAAGAAUAAAAAUCUAUUGUCCAAAUGUGAUGAAAAAACACAGAAUACUAUAGAUAAAGUAGAAAUAGAUUUUGAUACUCCAACGCAAGUAAUUGAUAGGAAACAAAAUAAUUCAGAAAUAAAUAAAGAUAUUGAAAUGAAAGAAAGAAUUAAAGAUACAGAAGUAGAGAAAGUUGAUGAUUUUACACCAAUUCAAGUUCUUAAAUCUUCCUCUAAAGAAAUGAAUUCUCUUGUUUCAAUAAAAAAUAAAAUAAUUUCCGAUAAUGAAAAUAUUACCGAAAUGGAAGAUAAUACGCCUACUCAAAUAAUUAACAUUAUAGAAAAAACUUCAAAUAUAGAUAAUAAUAAAUAUUCUAAUUCUUUGAAUUCUCUAAGAUUGAAUACUAUAGAAGAAUCUAGCAUUGAAAACAUUGAUUAUGAAAUGGCUGCUACUCAGCCAAUCAAUGAUACAGAAAUGCGAAAAUCUGUAUCAAUUAUUAAUAAGAGUAAAAACAUAUUGGAUUUAUCCGAGAAAUCAAAUAAUAUAAAUUUAGAUGAUACUAUAGAAAAAAAUUUAAAUGCAAUGUUUGAAGAUGUGAACGAAGAGCAUAGUGAAGAACAGCACCAAAUAUCAACUCAACUUCUUAAAAACAUGUUAGAAACUUCGCACUGCGAGAAUAAAUCAUCCAUCAAUAAUCUUAAUGAAAAUUCAAUUGAUUGCAAAUUUGAGAAAUCUACAAAAGAAAAAAAUAGUAAAACACCAAUAGAUUCAAAUUCGAAUUUAGAAUCAGAUAAAAAAUUGUAUAAAUCUAAUUUAAAAAGUAUUGAUAACAUUCCUGAAGAUUUAUCGACACCAAGAUCAUCUACAAAAAAAGAACAUGAAGAAUCUAAAAUAGUUAAUACAAUACAAGAAGAAAAUAAGAAAAAAGAAUGUAUAUUUAAAGAAAAUAAAGCAGGUUCCGAAAAUAUAGGUAAUCAAGUUUUUGAUAUAUUAAUUGAUAGUGAUCAACUUCAACAAACUUCUAAAGUAUUAGAAAAUAACGAUGAUGAUAUAUUAGCUGGUUUACCUGAAGUUAAAAUUGCAGGUACAUAUCCAACAAGUCCAACUUCGUCAACGUCAUCUGAAUAUAGAAUAAAUAUUAAUCAUAAUCGAACAAAGCAAAUAUCCAUAAAAAUUGCGCCUAAAAAAAGAAGAUCUUCACGAAAAACAUUUAAUCACAAAAACACGCAAAACGCAGAACUUGAUCAUACUAUUAAUAAAUCAAAUUCUACAACUAUUUUGGAAAAUUUUUCAAAUUCGUUAUCAAGUAAUUCUAAUGAUGACAAAGUAUCAGUACAAGAAACCAAUAAAAAAAAGAAAAAUAAAAAAACAAAAGAAUCAAUAAGAAAGACAAAUCCAGAAAAUUUACAUAAAUCCAAAAAAAACAAUACUUCACCAAAAUCGGUAGCUUUUAUCAAUUCACAAGAAAAAGCAAGACAAAGUCCUUUUAUUUCAACCAAUAGAAGGACUCGUAAUUCGAGCAAAGAGAAUAUUGAUCAUUCAUCUAUUUUUCAGGUGGAAAAAGAAGCACUAGUUAAGAAAGUAACUGAUGAAUCUGCAGAGAGAAAUCUUCCGAAUACAUGCGUUAAAAAAAGAUCGCUUAGUUGGACGGAUACGAUUGAAAUUAAUAAUUCCAAAGAGCAUAAGAGUAAUAUUAAAGAAAAUAAGAUUGUUAACACUAGAAGUAGAAAAAUGAAUAAGGUAAUUGAUAGAAGACAAUCUACAAAUACUCUUAAUAUUAGCUCUUUGAAAAACUCAUCAAUCUCAUGCGAUAGAAAAUUAUUAUCUGAUGAAGACAUGAAUUUAGAUAAACAGCCAAUAGUAAAAAUCGAAAAAAUGUCCAUUUAUACUCCAACAGGAUCAAUAUCAAGUACUCCAACGGGAGAGAUGAUUGAUAAUAAACAUAAAAAUAAGCAAAAUAGUCAACGUGCAAACAUCAUAGACAAUCAAGCUGUGUCUAAUAUAGAAAAUGAGAAAACUAGUCAAAAUAUAAAAGCACAAAGAAUCGAAUUUCAAAUAGACGAAAUUAGUUCUCAAAUAGGAGAGGAAUCUCAAGAAAUAGAAAUGAUCAUGAACAAUGCCCUUAAAGAACAAAGUACAGAAAUAAAAAAAGAUGUAGAUAACAAUGCAGCAAAUAUCAAAACCAGAAGCAGUAGAAAACAUAAAAAUAUUCAUAUGAAUGUUGAUAAUACAGAAAGUAGUAGUACAUCAUCUAUUAUAUACGAAUCUGAUAAUGCAAAUUUUGAAAUUCCCAUUUCCAAAAUUAAACAUAUGAAGAUGUCAAAAAAUAGAUUAAAUAUAAUUAAUGCAUUAGAAAAUGAAUCUGUUAAGGAAAUGAAAAAAAAGAACAAACAGUUUACUAGAUCAACUCGAGUUCGUCGACGAUCAAUUAUAGAUUCCUCUAUAAAUGAAAAUAAAAAAAUUAUUAAUGAAAGUACAGAAACAAAAAAAAAAAAUAAACAGUCCAUUAGAUCAACUCGAACUCAUGAACAAUCAAUUAUGGAUUCUUCUAUAGAAACUAAUCAAACCUCAAUAACUAACAAUACAAAUAAAAUAAAUAAUUUAAGAAAUAAACGGCAAAGACAAACAACAGGAAAGAUUGAAAGCAAUAAGAAAAGAAAAAUGGAUUUCAUAGAAGAAACAAAUUCAGAAACAAAUUCCAGCAUUGAAGUUACGUCGAUAACUUCUACGCCCAAUAGAACACGUAGAAGUAUGAAUUCUUCAUUUACAACAUCAUCACCACUUAAAAUAAAACAUAAAAUUUUAUUUACGGGUAUUUCAAGUAAUGAUUAUAGCAAAUUAUUAACAAAAUUGGGCGCAUCUCAAGUUGAAGAUCCAACAAAAUGCACUGUAUUGGUUACAGACAAAAUACGAAGAACUGUUAAAUUUUUAUGUGCUUUAGCACUAUCUAUACCAAUAGUUUCAACUAAUUGGUUGCAUGAUAGUGAAAAAAUUGGCCGUUUUGAAGAAUUAGAAAGUUACAUAUUGGAAGAUCCUGAAGCUGAAGCUAAAUUUCAUUUUAAAUUAAAGAAAAGCUUAGAAAAAGCGAAAGAAUAUAAGCUUUUAGAAGGAUACACACUUAUUUUAACUCCUAAUAUAGCUCCACCACCUCCAGAAUUAAAAAGUAUAAUUAUUUCAUGUGGUGGCAAAGCUUUACUUCGACCACCAUCAUCUUGGCCUGAAAAAGCAAUGAUUAUUUCUAAUAAAGAAGAUUUAAUAAAUGCAAAAAAAUUUCUUGCAAAAGCACCUAAAAAUAUUACCAUUCAAUCAACAGAAUUUAUAUUAACUGGUAUUUUAAGACAAGAAUUAGAAUUUAAUGAAUUUAAAUUAUAUAAUUAAUUUUUCAAAUUGAUAUGGCAAAAAUGUGCAAAUUACUUAUAUAUAUAUAUAUCUUUUAAAUAUUUUCAAAUGAAUACAUAUAAAAUUAAUACAAAAUCAAAAAUACAUUAUCUUGUGUAAUUAAUAUAAUAUGUCUUAAUUUUGCAAUAUAUAUAUCAUGUAUAUAUAAAUAUAUAUAUAUCUUCUAAAGAUGCUUUAUAAAUGUAUAUAAAAUUUUGAUUAGAUUUUUAAAUCUUUGUA